GACACGGGCGCGCGCGGCCCAUCAUCUCUCGCGCGGUCGUCGUCGUCGUCGUCGUCAACAGUGUCUACGAUUGCCGUCGCGAAUUCCUUCGUCUUGGUCGUCGUCUUCUCCGCCGCCACCGUCAGAUGGCAAAUUGAUCAUUUGACUAUAUAGCGAUUUUUUCGUCGGCGAUUUAUAACAACAACAUCAAUAAUAAUAAUAAUAAUAAUAAUAUUAUUGCCGUUAAAAUAUCAUAAUAAUUCACAGAGUGAAGGGUUGCGCAAGAUGACGCUACCACUUAAAAUACAUAUACCAAUGGUUUGCACGGCGGUGUUUUGUGCCGUAUCAACGAUGAUCGUAUGGUCUUCGGUGGCGGGUUUCAAUAUCUUAGACUGUAACCGACAACUGUCUACAUUCCGAGUGUCCAACACCGACGUGAACGGGAGGACGUGUUCUGAUGAGAUCAACGUGAUGUCUUGCUGGGGAAGAUGUGACUCAAACGAGGUGUCCGACUGGCGGUUCCCAUACAAGAGAUCGCACCAUCCGGUGUGCAUUCACGCCGGCCAAGUGCUCACCGAGUUCGUGUUGAAGGACUGUGACGAAGGCGUUCAGCCGGGCACCGAACUUUACAUUUUCCCGCAGGCCACAUCAUGCAAGUGUCACGCGUGCAAGUCAUCGGAGGCGUCUUGCGAGGGGUACCGGUACAAAGAUUUCCAGUUCAUUUCCACCGACGAAGUCUGAUGGGAUGAAUAACUUAAAGAAAACAAAAAAAAA